CAUGCAUAAACUUAAGCACACGCACAGAGGCAUAUCUCAUUACCGUCCUCCUGAUAGUGCAGCCAGUGGGUGUUGCAAGAGUAGGAAGGAAGGAGAGCAAGACAGAGAAAGAGAGAGAGGGAGAGGACAGAGAGAGAAGAGGCAGCCUUAUAGAGAGAGGGAGAGCACCAACACUCAACAAGAUAACAGGAGAUACGCGUGGGAACAGCAGAAGCAGAGCUAGAGAAAGAGAAGAGGAGCAAAACAAGCCUGUCUGUGUGAGUGAGUGUGUAUAUGUGCUCAGUGUGUGUGCGUGUGUCUGAGCACAGUGUGUUUCCACGGUUCUCUCCCGAGGGCCGUGGCAGCCAUGGCGUCAGAUCCUAGCACCCAGUCCAGGGUGAUGUUCCAGGCAGCAGACAAGACGCAGGAGCCGGCACACCGCAAGUUAGGCAAGCUGACGGUCAAGUAUGACCGCAAGGACCUGCAGAGGAGGCUGGAUAUUGAGGAGUGGAUCGACGGGCAGCUGCACCUGCUGUUUGACUGUGAGGAGGAGGAGAUUCCCGAGUUAGAGAUCGACAUAGACGAGCUCUUGGAGCUGACAGAUGAGGGUCAGAGAACCCGGCUGCAGGAGUUGUUGCUGGAAUGCGGGAAGCCAAAAGAGGACUUUAUCAACGGACUGCUCUACAGGAUGAAGGGUCUACGCAAAAUGUCAGGUCCCUUGAAGAAAUAAUCAUAGGUCAAAAAAAGAAUUGAGACAAUGUUGAGCAUGUCUACGGGAUUCUCCCUCUGCCGCCCCGCCCCCCUCCCUCACCCAUUCCCAGGUCCGCAUAAGCCUAACACCAGAGCAGACAAGUUUUGAAUGGCUUUAUUUUUAUUAUUUCACUUUAAUUUAUGGACUACAAUUACAUUUGUUUUCUCCCAUAAACAAUCCGAUAAUGCACAUGUUGAUAAAAAGCUGUACCGAUGGACGUUGUUGUUGUUUUUUUGUGUGUGGGUAAGACUGUACAUUUUCAGUUGUCUAUUUAUGUACAUAAGACUUUUUUUUUUUUGCCCUGAUAACAGUGUUGUAUGUUGAAAAUAAAAUGGGACAUUUUCAAGACAA